CCACAACUGCCGCAGGUGUUCAGAUUGGAAAUCGAGGAGGUCAUUCGGCCGUCUUAACUCAAGAUUCUAAGAUCAUUGUAUACGGAGGUUCAACGACAAACAUUGGUUUUCCAGCAAUUCCCGAUCUUCUAAUAUUAGACACAAACCUUUAUCCAUUUGAUUGGAUAGUCUUAGAAGUUUCUACUAAUGAUGCUGCGCCUCCACUAUUGCUUACUGAACAUUUUGCAGCGAUAUAUGAUGAUUUCAUGAUCAUUGCAUUUGGUAGGUUUACUGUUCCAAAUCAAGAAAGCUUAAGCAAUAGUAUUUAUAUUUACGAUACACAAAACAACUUAUGGGUUACAACAUUAAUUAGAGACCAUCAAACUUCUCAUGGGCUUUCCAAUUUUAUGGUAGUUAUUAUUGUAGUUUGUAUACUUGCAGUAAUUAUAACAAUUGUAGGAAUU